AUGGCGGAUCGUCAACAUUUUCCAUCCGCCAUCACGGAAGCCGUCUCUUCGAACACGGCGUGCCCCGACACCGGACCGAAAGCAGAAACAACAAACAUUUUUCUGUUACUCCAAAAGAAUAUAACGAUUGAGUCAUCAAAAUACGUAUUCAGUUCGAUCGUUGAAUAUAUUUUAAUACUAACCUUAAUGUUUGCGUUCUCCGCGAUUUUCUAUGUUAUAUACAAGUCAUAUAUCAGUCCUGUUUUCUAUAAAAAGGAACUGACAGAAGUCGGCUUCGAUCAUAUACCUCAAGGUCCGGACAGGGGGAGGCGGAUCAGUCGCGCCCAAGCCUCCAGACGGAUGGGCAGCAAAUUGCCCCCUCCCUACCCCAAUGGGUGGUUCGCGGUCGCCGAAACAAGGGAGCUUAAAGUUGGCAGCGUCCUCUCUAUCGAUGCCCUGGGUCAGAAUUUGUGCGUGUACCGUGGCGAGGACGGCCUGGCCCGGUGCGUGGACGCAUACUGUCCGCAUUUGGGCGCGAAUCUUGCGGUCGGCGGCACGGUGCGUGGCAGCUGUAUCGAAUGCCCCUUCCAUAAGUGGCGUUUCAACGCGGCCGGCACCUGCGUCAGUUUGCCCGGCUCUGAUAUUGCACCAAAAGGCGUAUCGAUCAGGACCUGGUGCGUGGUGGAAACAGACGGCGCCGUCUGGAUCUGGCACGACGCUGAAGGCAGGGAGCCGCUGUGGGAGAUCACCGAUCCACCUGAGCUCAAGGAGUUCGGGUAUCGAGGCAGAAACGAGUUCGAAGUCAGCGCUCACAUACAGGAAAUACCAGAAAAUGGCGCUGAUGUUCCUCAUCUGAACGCCGUCCACUCCUCCUCGCUGCUUAGCGAUCUCGGAGAGAGAUAUCCCGUACUGCACGAAAUCAUAGGCCGACAUGUAUGGAACGCAGAUUGGACGAAAUCCGACGAUCACACAUCGCUAAUGCACAUCACGCAAGAAUAUAAAGUUCUCAAAUACGAUUUGGCACGCAUCGACGUUAAAGUUACACAGAUCGGCCCCGGACAUGUCCGUUUAUUCCUGAAGACCAGCGUCGGUCCUUUUUACAUAGCGCAGUCGGUGACUCCUCUCGGUCCUCUGCUGCAGAAGGUCAUCCACCGGGUGUACUCACCGGCGUACAACGCGCCCGUCGGAGCGUUCCUCGUGAGGUGCGAAGCGUACAUGUUCGAGAGGGACGUCACUAUAUGGAACAGCAAGCGGUUCGUUAGCGCACCUGCCUACGUCAAAACCGAUAAGACGAUACGAACCUUCAGGAAUUGGUUCGGUCAGUUCUACAGUGAGCACAGCCUCAGUUUCAGGGACGCGCUGCAGAAUCCAUUGGACUGGUGA